GACCAUUCCCCCACCCUAAAAGCUACACACAAUCACAUACAAUACAAGGUCCUUCCUUCGUUUUGGUACUGAAGAUUCAAGAACCUUGUGUGGAGGAGGAAGAUUUAGGGGAUCUUCUGAUAAUGUCACAGAUUGCGCACCGUUUCGACUUUACGGGCCUCCAAUGUUUGCCCUCUGUACGUUUAAAACUCGGCAACCAGUUUCUUUCUUCGGGACAAAAACGGCAUGCUGUCUCACAUGAGCGUCCACCUUGCGUCGUUAAUUUCUCCGACUCACACGGUAACUGUUUUUUUAAAAUGCCGAUCUCCUCUUCCAUUUGUGAUCAGGAAUCUGGUUCCCUGAGACAUGAACAAGCUCCCUUCUUCGUUGAUUCUUCUCUUCUUCCUCCUUCUCCCUUUGAUCUUCUCACAUUUCUAUGGAUCCGUCCGACUUGCCGAGGCUGGGAAGCGGAAGAUCGAGAUCUCCGACGACCUAGACGACGUCAUCGACGAUGAGGAAGACGAAGCCUGGAAGGAGUGGGGACAGAAAUCGUCGCCUGAGACUCAGGAGUUCGAUCCGCCUCCGGAUAUCUCCAAGUUGUCUCCCGAGCAGAUCCAAGCGGAAAUGGCGAAGCGGACUUUUGCACCGGUCUUCGGGUUCGUGAAGCUCCGGUUGGGCGUUCGCCGUACUAAGGAUAUGGUGCUUGAAACUGCCAUGAAAUGGAACAAAGUGUUGAAAACAGGAGGAAUAGAGGUCAAAUUCAUGGGUGUUGAUCUGAGCACAAUCAUGUUCAACGUGCAAAAUGGGAAGGACGCGAUGGAGUUGAAGGAUUUUAUCCUGAAUCAACCAGAGGCUUACGAGGUUAAGAUAGGAGAACAAUCAUUCCGACGCCCCGGAGAUCCUCCUCUUGAAGAAGUCAUUGAGAAACUUCAGGCCGAGGAAAACAAGGAUGGAGCUGGUGAUGGUACCAUGAAUGAUGAGCAAGCUAAGGAUGAGUUAUAGUUCUUUCGAAAGAUGGCAAUUUGAUCCAUUCCCUGGACCAUUGUGGUGAAAGUUUUAGCUCUUUCACAGCAAGUGCAAGAUGCAAGCGUCUACCCCAGAAAGUUUAGGUUCCAUGUAAUUCUUCUUUUACAGUCUCAAACACUUGUCACUUGUCCCUCUUUUUCUACUGUUAUAAGAACACGAGUAUUAGAUCGGUGAAUAAUGGAGGAUUAAAACCCA